AUGGGUUCCGAAAUGAAAUCAGCCCCUGUGCUGUCCACGGCCGAUGAACGAAUCCUCGAAGAAACUGCGCCCGUGGCCUCGCGGGAGUCGGCUGUGUCGGACGACGAACUUUCCAUCACCUACGAUAUUGAGCGCACACUGAAGGAAAUCCGACAGGCCCGGUACAAGCGAAUUGCUCUCCAAUUUCCAGAUGACAUGCUCCCGGAUGCGCCGCGGGUGUUCCAAUUGCUCAGCCGGGGCCUGGAACAUGAGGAAGUUGGAAGUGCCAAUGGUACGAGUCAAGCCAACGGGAGCAAUGCCGAUGACCUGUCUCAUGCGGUCUCCGAGCUACAGGUGGAGGACAAGACUGAAACAUGGUCACCGCGGUUGACUAUUCUAGCCGACACGUCUUACGGUACUUGCUGUGUUGACGAAGUGGCCGCGGAGCAUGUGGACGCCGAUGCGGUCGUGCACUACGGAAGGUCGUGUCUGUCACCAACGGCACGACUGCCUGUGAUUUACGUCUUCACUCACAAGGCACUACCUCUGGAACCCGUGAUCCGCGCAUUCAAAGAGACAUAUCCCGAAACAGACGCCAAGGUGGUCAUCGCUGCCGACGUGACGUUCGCAGACCAUGUCCCUACAGUAUAUGCUCGCUUGGUGGAAGAGGGAUACACAAAUAUCUUUGCAACAGACAUUGUCCAUGAGCCUUCGUCUUCGAUUCCCAAUCGCACUGUCCCAGCGUCAGUCCAGGAAGCACCAGAGACACUGGCCGACUGGCAACUCUUCCAUAUUUCUGAUCCACCAACGGCUCUCAUGAUGACUUUGGCGUCUCGCGUAGCCGCGAUCCAUAUAUACCCUACUGAUGACCUGUCCAACGAGAAUGUCAAGCCUUUGCCUGCAUCUACUGCAGCUGUGCUGCGACGGCGUUACGGCACUCUUGCUUCCCUGACAACGGUACCCAUUUGGGGUAUCCUGAUCAACACACUCAGUGUGAAGAAUUACCUGCACAUUGUCGAGCAUGUCAAGGAACGCAUUGCCGCGGCCGGCAAGAAAAGCUACAUGUUCGUUGUGGGAAAACUCAAUGCCGCCAAGGUAGCCAACUUCAGUGAAAUCGGCGGUUGGGUCGUUAUUGGAUGCUGGGAAAGCUCUUUGGUGGACAGCCAGGACUUCUGGAAGCCCGUCAUCACUCCCUUCGAGCUCGAACUUGCCCUGAAGGACGAUUCAGACCGCGUGUGGACAGGUGCAUGGCAGAGUGAUUUCCAGGCCGUUCUGGACCAACCGGCUCAAGCCCCCGGAGACGCCAAUGUUGAGCAGGGGAACGAUGCAACCGCGUCCGAUGAAGAUGACAUGUCAGAACCCGAAUCGGCGCCGCCCGAAUUUGACCUGCGCACCGGUCGAUACGUCUCAAAUUCCCGUCCCAUGCGGGAACCCGCGUCCCGCGCUUCUCAGAUCGAUGGAUCAUCCACCACCGGGCCAUCCGCUGCUAGGGCGCUGGCUCGCCGCACUAAGGGCGAUUUGGCGAUGAUCGGCGGCGCCGUUUCACCGGGCGCCGAAUUUUUGCGAUCGCAACGCACUUGGAAGGGACUGGGCAGUGAUUUCGACAUCCGAUAUGAUGAAGACGAUGAAGACAGUACUCUGGUCAAAGAAGGGCGCAAGGGUAUUGCUAAGGGAUACACUGUAGGAGACUCAGAAAGACACUAG